CCGAGAGAAGUCAUUGUGCCCGCGCUCAGAUCAGUGGCGCAUCUACAGUUUACUAAACACAGACACAGCUGAUAAUUGGUAUACCGGCAUUGACGGCAUCACACGUGGAAUUUAGAAGUCAGGGAAACAGUAACUAAAGGGGGGAAAGAUGUUUGAUGGUAAAUUGGGAUCGAUACUGUAUUCACGUUUUACAAAGGGGAAAAGUAAUGCUGAACUUGUGGGUAGAGGCAGCUGGGUGUUCAAGCAUGAAAACAUCAACAGGACAUUUAGUAUCUGGCUUCGUGCUCUUUCCUUGUGUGGGUGUGUUAGGAAUAAACCUGUGCAAAGUGGCAACAGUUGAACAGGUUUCUUUCGGUUGUGGAUAAAGAUUUACGAUGGAGGAUAUCCAUAUAGAUAAUGAGGACGACAACAUACUUCUAGACACAGACUCUGUCAGAUCAGAAAAGUUUACCAGCAAGUCAACGAGGGAACCAUUCGUGAAGGAACUCGUGACGGCAGUGCGGCAUGCCAAGAAGGGGAGAGGCGCGGGGAAGAGGGUUCGUAUCUGCACGACCAAGUCCACAGCCUCGGAAAGACUGUCUCGGCCUUUAACUGGGCUCAGCUUUGUGGAGAGGGCAAGUUCGAGAAAGAAGUCGCAACUGCAACGAGGACUUAGUCUGGGGAACCUCGACCUGAAUGCGCUUAAACGUUACUUUCAGAUUGAGGAGCGUAUCAGCUUGGAACACUUGCACAAGCUCAAGUACUACUUCGAGAACUAUAGAGCAGACAGGGCCAGACAAGGCUUUCCCAUCCCUCUCCGCACCCGGCGUAAAGUCAGUUGGCGUAGGGAAGCAGACACAGAUGGCAGUGGUGCUCUCAACCUGGAGGAGUUCAAGCAGGUGCUCAAGAACUGCUUGGGCAUCCGAGGAAGGAAUGAAGAACAGAUUGUUGCCCUGUUUAUGAAGAUAGACUCAUCCUCUGAUGGAGAAAUUGCUUGGGAUGAGUUCUGCACGUACAUGCAGCUGGAGUAUGCAGAGAAAGAGGAGGCAGUCCUGCGAGACAAGGACGUGGCGUUCCACCUACCGGCUGCCAUGGGAAGUACACCCCACCGGGAACCCAUCGUUAAAGUCUCUCACACACCAGAUAACACCUUCAUGGCCCUGGGACAGGAUGGAAUGGUCACCUUCUGGUCUCCUAACUUAGACCUGAAGAGAACAAGAGCAGUGGUGACAGAGCAACAACAGAGCACCAGAAUAAAGAACAAGUGGAUCACAGACUUCGUGUUGAUGACACAGUAUAACAAGUUCAUGAUCGGCACAGGGGACCGAGAGAUCCAAUUUUAUGAGCUGUCCAACUUUGAACCCUACUGCCAGAUCAGCGGGUUUGAAACUGUGCCACUGAAGCUGGACUAUUGCCCCACAGGGCCAGCUGAAUGCCUGGUGCUGUUUGGAGACAGUGAAGGAUGUGUCAACAUUGUCGUUAUCCAAAACACUGGAGAGACAUUACGAACCUGGAAGAAAUAUCCCAAGACAGAAGGCAUAGCUAGUGUCAACAUAGAAGUGGUAGCAAAUGGAGCUUUCACAAAAUACAUAAGAUGGAAGGUGCACAGAGAUUGGGUGGGGCAGCUGCGUUACUAUGACGACAUCAGAUCUGUCAUUUCCUGUUCAAACCACGCCAACUCAGCACUGGUCAUAGGUUGUGUAUCUGGCAGUACCCAUGUGGAACAACAGCUGAAGGAAAUAUCUCACGACAAGUCCACAGCCAGCAAGUCCAAGAUGCCCUCCCUCACCUACACACAGACCAGGAAGAGACUGGACACUGAUGAGACAGUCUUUAAGAUCUACAAGGGAGUCAAGACGUUUGAUUUCUCUAAGGAGAAGAACCUUAUAGUCACAGGAGGAAUGGAUAGAAUAGUUAGGACUUGGAAUCCAUAUGUACCAAGCAAACCCACAGGGAUGUUACGGGGCCACAAUGCUCCCAUCUUCCACCUCCACAUCAGCGCUGAGGAGAACAGGAUCUUCAGUGUGUCUACAGACAAGACUGUCAAGGUGUGGGACACAGCCGACCAGUCCUGCCUCAUCACUGUCACAGCGAAGAGCCACAAGAUCCGUGGGGACCUGAUGUGCUGUCACUACUCCCCGCUGGCCAAGAGUCUGGCCAUGGUCACAGACCAGCUGGCUCUACUGCAGCUCAAGAUGAAGUCCUCCCUGAAUGCAGACAUAGUCCUCUCCCACAAGGAGGCAGUGCAGUGUUGUAAAUAUAACAGUUCCUUCAAACAAGUCAUCUCCUGUUCAGAUGCAUCGGUGGUGAAAGUGUGGGAUUUUGAGACAGGCACACAGAUCUUUGAGUUCUCCGGAGCCCAUGGGGACAAGCCCGUCACGUGUAUGACUUUUGACAGCACAGAGAGAAGAUUAAUCACAGGAGGCAGGGACGGGGUGUUGAGAAUUUGGAACUUCAACAACGGACACUGUUUGAAGUCACUCAUAAAAGAGAACUCAGAGGAGGUGACAGACUGCUGCUAUGUUGAGCUGCUGAGGAACAGAUACGUGGUGUCUGUGGGCUGGGACCACAGGAUCAACAUCUAUGCUGAUGCUGCAGAAGAUUUCCAUCAUUACCAGAGUCCUCUACCAAAGUGGACGGAUGAUGUUGCACACGGACACAAAGAUGACAUCCUGUCUGUGGCGUCAUGUCCGCCCAACCUGCUGGCCACCUCAGCGUAUGACGGGAAGGUGAUCGUGUGGAACAUGGUGUCUGGACACAUCUACUGUCACCUGGUCUCACCUGAGCUGAGGAACAAGUCCUGUAGCUCAUCUGAUGAUGAGGAUGACAACAAACUCAAACAAGAUACCUCUGAUCUGAGCAUCAAGAAGGUUGUGUUCUUGAAGAGCCGGGCAGGAAAGAAAGAUGCUGCACAGCUGAUUGCCAGUGGACCAAAGGGACAAAUCCAUUUCUGGAACAUCUUUCAAGGAGGCCACCUGUAUGGUCUGGUGAAUGGGUCCAAGAAACAGGGGACAGUGACGGCCAUGAUUCUCAAUGCCAGUGACACUGUUCUCUACACGGCAGACUCAUUAGGGUUCGUGUAUGUCUGGGACGUGGAUGGUUUUUGUGAGGAUGGCGAGGCACCUAUACCUCCUGCAUUGAUCAGAGACUGGAGAGCGCACAUUCAGAGCAUAACCGGUAUGGACCUGAUAGAGGAACACAACAUUGUGAUCACCUGUGCUCUGGACUGCACUGUCAGGGUCUGGACACUGGAGGGCAACUUUGUUGGCACCUUUGGUCAGCCUGACCCCUGGGAUAUCUACAACCCCAGCACAUACUCCCAUCCCAUGGUGCCCUAUGAUGUCCUGGUGGACCCACUGAGCAUGCCCAGCCACCCUGUGAUUGACAGGAGGAUGUCGGUGGCUGACGUGGUCCACGCUGACUCCAUGGAGGGCAGCGAGGCCGGCGAUGAUGAUGAUGCUUUGCACACAAGGCCUCACACAGCCCCAAACUUCUCCACUCUCCACACGGAGUUGUUUGUAGGGGAUGAUGAGAUCGCUGAAGAACUGAAGAGACAACCGUUUGGGAAGGCUAUUGGGAAAAGGUUACGUCACGAGAAGAUGAUGAACGCUCCAAACAAGUUCAAGGACCACGGCGGACCCAACGCCUACCAGAGUCUCCAGUGUUACGACCUGGCAGACACGCCUGAAAUCAUCCCGCCUAACCCUUCUGCUGAGAUAGACGACCCAUUUGCAGAUAUUUUGGACUAGCACAGUGUACAGUUGAGCCUCUAGCAGUCCUUCCACUGGUCAGAUUGCCUUAGAAGCUUGAUGGCCAACACCUCUAAGUCAGGAGAAUUGGGAACAUCUUAAUCCUUUAAUUAUGUGUGAUUGUGUUAACAUGGACCAAUCAUUGUUAGAGACCAAUCAUAGAGACCAAUCAUUGACUGAGAACUGCCUGUUUACUGUUGGAGGCUGUGAUGACAGGUUUCCAUAGUGACAGAGAGUUCUGAGCUCCAAUUUUUAGUUAUGGGAAUGGUUCUUUUGAGUUAGAGGUGAAUGGCCACAAGCUCUUGGGGAGGAGGCCCUACCAGCCACUGACAGCGAGAGAUUGUGUUACACAUGUGGGAGAAGUGCCACUUCAUCGUAAACCUAUGAGAAACAGUCCAAACAUACCUGCAAAUAAGUCUCUAUCUCAAGAGAGAGGUGAGGUGGGUUGAUUCUGCUAAGGGACCUGCUUGAGACUUGACCUUGAACUCAAGGUUGACCUACAGAAAGCUGGACAGAAGACAAACUCAAGCACACCGCAGAGACAAUCGAUAAAAACCAUACGCCGCGGUGUGUCGGCCGUCAGAUAAAGGACUUAUUUCCCCCGUGUACGGCGGUGAUAUUGCACACAAAUAAUUUUCAGCAGCGUGUGACUGGAAAUGAAAGGAGCUGACUGUACAUUGUCAAUAUUUAGUGUGCUAUUGUUGCUGCUUGUCACCAAUGUGGAACGUUUAAUACCGUCAUCGGGAGAAAUAUCUUUAUUGAUAUGCACAAAGUUGAGUAAAUUGCAUACUUUUGUGAUCAUUAUGUUUCAACUUGUCGGAAAUGUUUUGACAGUCUUACUCAAAUGUCAGCUGUCCCCAGGCAGCCUGAGGUUUUAAUAUAAGGGUUUAAGUGAGUACUUUCCCAGACUGACCCGAUCCUAUGACUUGUACUAAAAAUAACCCAUUAUUGACUGCAAGCAUCUCACCAAGCUUAGGAUACCCCCAAAUGCAUAAUAGCCUAGUGACCAUUCUCUAUGGGCCAGCUUUGGAGUGUUUCAGCCAUGCAGUUUGCCUUUCUGCUAGCAGUCGAUUUUUCCAGACGGCUUUUCUAAUUACUGCCAUUCAUGGUAAGCUAAUUGAAACGCUUAGUGGACUGGAUUCUUGUAGGCCGGACACUCUUAGAGCUACAGACAAAAUUGCCCACAAUGGUCUGUUCACCAGGCUACACCAGCCAAAUCACUCAAGCACAAUAAAAACCCCAGUGGAAAAUAGAUUCAAAUAGUGGAUGGGCUCCACACUGUGAAAUGUUGGUAAGGAGACUAUACUGUUCAUUAUGGACUGUAAUGUCGGACUCAUACAGGUGUCGUUUUCUCUGGCUGUAGUUGAUGAAAGAAGGCUGUAAAGUUUUUCAAGUGGUCGUGGUAAAGAGUCGUAGCCUUGGAGCCAUCCGUUUUUUUUUUUUCACGAGAGCAAGUGCAAGGAGCCCCGUUAAAAAACGGAUGGCACCCAAGCUAAAAAAAAUUGUGCAUUUCAAUUGUAAUAAAGCACCAAUUCUGAACUAUGCAGUAGGUAUGUAACAUUAUAAAAUGUUCUGUAACAAAUAUAUUGUGUAUAUAUUGAGUCAAAUGAUAUUUUGAAUACUCAAACAAGGUGCAGUAACUGACUAUAUUGUACAUGGUGAAAAUCUUGUAGUAUAGGAAGAGUGUACAUUUUUUGUUUUGAGGGUUUGCUGCUUUCUCCGACGAUAAAAUAAGCCACCUAACUGGAAGUCUAACUUAAUGUUCAGAAUGCAGUUUAUAGCUCCCUAUUGCAACAAGGGUCUUGUGGCAUAGCUUACACAUGUAUGAAAUUAUCUGUCAUUGUUUUCUGUUGCAUUUCCACUGCAUUGGGACAUACAUGUAAACAGGAAGGCUCUAUGACCAGAGUCAACCAUGUGUAAUAUUGAAAAUAAAACAUUUUAUCAAUGGUUAA